GAAAGAAAAGCCUGCCGGAGACGUGGGCUGCGCAAGGCAACGCCAUGAUCGGAAUCGCCAAGCGAGAAGAGUCAGCCUUGGAGCGCGGAAUGGGCGCGCUGGGGUCUUCUGACCUUCCGCUUAGGGUGUCGGUCGUCCGUGCCGUGAUAACCGUCUAUAUUGACAGCUGAAGCUGGCGAACAGCGCUAAACAGCAGCAGUAGUAGAUGCAGAUUGUGAUGAUGGUGGUGGUUUGAACGAGGGCUGAACAGACUAUCGAAUCUGUGUAAGCGAUGUAGACAUGGUAAUGGUCCAUUGGAAAAUAUCUAUAUAUACCUGAGCAUCCGUGACUGUCGAAGAUAUCAUCCAGCAGCCAAGUUCUCUCUUCUUCUCCCUCUUCAAAAUCCAAUCGUACAGCACCAUCCGCCAAAAUGAGAUUCCUCUACAACCUUAUCCUCUCGACCGCCGCCAUGGCCGUGGCCAGCGCCAUCAACCCUGCCACUGCUAUCGAGGCCGACCUUAACGAGGUCGAGGGCUCCGAGGCCAUCUUUGAGCGCGCUGAUAACGGCCUUGGCCGCAUCGAGCUCACCUUUGACGGUGCCUACCAGGGUGUUCUCGUCGAGACUGCCGAGGGCAGCGUCCGUGCCUACGAUGCUUCCGGCAAGGAGAUUGACCUCAACGCCGCUGAGCCUGAGGAUAAUGGUGUCGCCAACACCGUUGCCAAGAUCUCCGGCCGCCACCACAAGCACAAGAAGCACCACCACGGCCUCCUCCACAAGAUUGGCCGCACUCUCAAGAAGUUUGAGAAGAAGGCCUGGUCUUUCUUCAAGUGUGCUGGCUCUCACGUGCUUACCAAGUGCGGUGUCGACUUUGCUACCUGCGCUGAGCACGGCCAGACUCCUGCCCAGUGCCAGACUGGUCUUGCCUGUGGCGGCAAGGAGGUUAUCAAGUGCCUGUAAAUGCCAAUGUCUUGGCAGGCUGUGGAUUAAAUUAAGAGAACCAUACCAUGUUGAUGUUGAUAGCACCAGAGUUGGCCAGUUGGAUGAUCAUGUUGUUUCACGCACUUAUUCGCAGAGCUACCGUAUUCACUACAACGGGGCUUCUAUUUUGGUACAAUACAAAACCAAUAUAUUUGGGAAAAAAAAAAGAAGUAGUGCUAUUUUGUAUAUAUAUCCAAGUAAUUUAGCUAAUAGAGCAUUGU